AUGGCUUGUAUUGAUAGAUAUUUACAUAGUUCAGCAAAUGCUAAUAUUCGUCGAUUCAGUUCAUUAAAAACAGCAAAAAUAAUAAUUGCAAGUAUCAUUAUUACAAUCCUUAUCUUAUACAGUCAUAUGAUGGUUUAUCUGAAUAUACAAAAAACAUUGAAUAGAUUUGGAACCAUUUCAUAUUCAUGUAAUUUUCAAAAUAGUGCUUAUCGUACAUUUAUGUCAUUUUGGUAUAUGACAUUCUAUUCACUUUUUCCAUCAUGUUUAAUGAUUCUUUUUGGUUGUCUUACAAUGAACAAUAUACGCAAACGUCGUCAACUUGUUUCAGUAUUAAGCGAAAAUAAUACAAUUAUUCAACGUACAGAUUAUCAAUUAUUAUGUAUGUCAGUAGCUCAAGUACUUGUGAUCAUUAUUACUACUUUGCUACAGACAAUCUAUCAAAUUUAUGCAUCAUUUACAACGAACUUAGUUAAAGAUACACUUCGAAUUGCUCAAGAAAAUUUAGCCAAUAAAACAUCGGGUGGAAUGACUUAUUUUAGUCAUUCAACUAGUUUUAUUUGUUUAUAUUAUCAGUAG